AUGGCAUUUUAUCCACUGCAAAUUGCUGGGCUGGUUCUCGGGUUCCUCGGCAUGGUCGGGACUCUUGCCACAACGCUUCUGCCUCAGUGGAGAGUGUCAGCUUUCAUUGGCAGCAACAUCAUUGUCUUUGAGAGGCUCUGGGAAGGGCUCUGGAUGAACUGCAUCCGACAAGUCAAGGUCAGGCUGCAGUGCAAGUUCUAUAAUUCCUUGUUGGCUCUCCCACCUGUCUUGGAAGCAGCUCGGGCACUCAUGUGUGUGGCUGUUGCUCUCUCUUUGAUUGCUCUACUUAUUGGCAUCUGUGGCAUGAAGCAGAUCCAAUGCACCACUUCUAAUGAGAGGGUCAAAGCUUACCUUCUGGGAACUUCAGGAGUCCUCUUUAUCCUGACGGGCAUCUUCGUUCUGAUUCCAGUGUGCUGGACAGCCCAUAUCAUCAUCAGGGAUUUCUAUGACCCAACCAUCAACACAGGUCAGAAAAGGGAGCUGGGAGCUGCCCUUUUCCUAGGCUGGGCGAGUUCUGCUGUCCUCUUCAUUGGCGGGGGUCUGCUCUGUGGAUUCUGCUGCUGUAACAGAACUAAAAAAUGGAACAGAUAUCCAGCCCCAGCUUGCGGCGCGCGACUAACAGAUAAGCGAAGGAAUGUGAGAGUGCAUAGUACGACCUCCACCAGUUAUGUCUAAUAUUUGUUUUUAGCAGCAGCUAUGGAUUAUGAUUGAUGUGCUUUACAAAGUUCUGACACAACCUGUAAGUAUUCCAGGCAGGAGAACUUGCUGUAGGACUAGAUUGAAAUUGAGAUGAAGAUUUUAAUUUUUCA